CUCAUGUGCUCAUAUCCCCCCGUAAACAUCCCCCUCCCCCUCACGACCAUAUCUGCUUAACCCCCCCUCCUCGUAUAUACGCCUUUGAACUGCCACACCUUGUUGUGCGCUUGUUCCUGCAUAUCGCAGCCUUUCGGGCUUAUCGACAUUUCUUUCCCCCUCGGCGUGUUUACGAGCCGCAUAGUCUCCCUGGAGAGCACCGCGUCACGACGCUCCGAAUCUCAUCGUAUCCUGUGUCUGAUUUCCUACGGUUUGGGCGAAUCGUAGAAGAUUGCACACAAAGGAAACACGUACCCAGAUCGAGAGUUUCCAAUUGACUUCCCGCAAGCACGCACACCGCAAACCCAUACCCCUGGUAGAUCGCAGUUCCACGGCUUUCCUCCGGAGCUGAACAGGUCGCAAAAAAGAUUUAGCUUGUCGCACACAGCAGCGGACUUUCGAGUGCUCCUCCCAGCAAAGUCGAGAAACCGAAAAGGAAAAAAGGCGCAAAGCCAAAAAAGCAUCGCACAACGAGAAGGCCAGCAGAAAGUCGACGGACCCUUUUACUACACUCCCGUCUUUUUAGCUUCCGCCGCCUGCUUUACGGGCCAUCUUUCUCCAUUCCCUCCAUCCACCCCCAAAAAAUCUCCCAACAAAGUGUCGAGGCCUCCAUUCUCGCCUCUCCUUUUUUCCCACCAUCCUUCCAAACUCCACACAACAAAGAAAGGAGCAAUUAGUUUAUGGGAGUUACUUCAGCAGAAAUGGCCACAAACGGCGUGAAGCAGGCCAACGGUACGCCAAGCAGCAAUGCAGCCAAGUACAACCUUCCCUCACAUUUCAUCGGCGGCAACCAUUUGGGCGUGGCACCGCCGUCGAAGGUGAAGGACUUUGUGCAGUCUCACGGCGGUCACACAGUCAUCACAAAUGUCUUGAUUGCGAACAACGGUAUCGCGGCCGUCAAAGAGAUCCGAUCGGUGCGGAAAUGGGCGUACGAGACCUUUGGCGACGAGAGAGCGAUUCAAUUCACCGUCAUGGCAACGCCUGAAGACCUGAAGGCGAACGCGGACUACAUUCGUAUGGCGGACCAAUACGUUGAGGUUCCGGGCGGCACCAACAACAACAACUACGCCAACGUCGAACUGAUUGUCGAUGUUGCAGAACGAAUGAACGUGCAUGCUGUGUGGGCUGGAUGGGGCCACGCGUCCGAGAACCCAAAGCUUCCAGAGUCGCUCGCCGCGUCGCCGAAGAAGAUCGUCUUCAUCGGUCCCCCGGGCUCCGCCAUGCGAUCGCUCGGUGACAAGAUCUCUUCCACAAUCGUCGCACAACACGCAGGGGUGCCGUGCAUUCCCUGGUCCGGAACGGGCGUCGACGAAGUCGUGGUGGACGAGAAUGGCAUCGUGACCGUCGCUGACGACGUCUACGCAAAGGGCUGCGUCACGUCGCCUGAGGAGGGUCUGAUGCACGCAAAGAGGAUCGGUUUCCCGGUCAUGGUCAAAGCCUCCGAGGGUGGCGGAGGCAAGGGUAUCCGCAAAGUUGACCGCGAGGAGGAUUUCGUCAAGCUCUACCAGCAAGCUGCCAGCGAAAUCCCGGGCUCGCCCAUCUUCAUCAUGAAGCUUGCCGGCAACGCCAGACACUUGGAAGUCCAGCUGCUGGCUGACCAGUAUGGAAACAACAUCUCGCUCUUCGGCCGUGACUGCUCGGUCCAGAGACGGCACCAGAAGAUCAUCGAGGAGGCGCCCGUGACGAUCGCGUCGCAGGACACUUUCCAGAAGAUGGCGGACGCCGCCGUAAGCUUGGGCAAGCUCGUCGGCUACGUCUCCGCUGGUACAGUCGAGUACCUGUACUCGCACUCUGACAAUCAAUUCUACUUCCUCGAGCUGAAUCCGCGUCUUCAGGUCGAGCAUCCUUGCACGGAGAUGGUCAGCGGCGUCAACUUGCCCGCUGCGCAGCUUCAGAUUGCCAUGGGUCUGCCCCUGAGCCGGAUCCGUGACAUUCGCCUCCUGUACGGGUUCGACCCGCACUCUGCGACCCCAAUCGAUUUCGACUUCUCCAAGUCCGGCAGCAAGGAGAACAUCCGUCGUCCGAUGCCGAAGGGUCACUGCACGGCUUGCCGUAUCACCUCGGAGGAUCCUGGUGAAGGCUUCAAGCCCUCAAGCGGUACCAUGCACGAACUGAACUUCAGGUCGAGCGCGAACGUGUGGGGCUACUUUUCCGUAUCCUCACAGUCCUCUAUCCACAGUUUCUCCGACUCGCAGUUUGGUCACAUUUUCGCGUACGGUGAGAACCGUGCCGCGUCUCGAAAGCACAUGGUUGUGGCGCUCAAGGAGUUGAGCAUCCGUGGUGACUUCAGGACUACUGUCGAAUACCUGAUCAAACUGCUCGAGACGCCCGCCUUCGAGGAGAAUACCAUCACCACGGGCUGGCUUGACGAGCUUAUUUCCAAGAAGCUGACCGCAGAGCGUCCGGACCCAAUGGUUGCCGUCAUUUGCGGUGCCGUGACGAAGGCGCACGUGGCAGCUGAGGCUUGUAUCGCCGAGUACAAGGCCAGCUUGGAAAAGGGUCAGGUCCCGCCAAAGGAGAUCCUGAAGACUGUCUUCCCGAUUGACUUCAUCUACGACGGUCAGAGAUACAAGUUCACAGCGACCCGCUCCAGCGCCGACAGCUACACGCUCUUCAUCAACGGUUCCAAGUGCUUCGUUGGUGUUCGUGCCCUAGCUGACGGCGGUCUGCUCGUCCUGCUCAACGGCAAAUCGCACAACGUCUACUGGAAGGACGAGGUUGGAGCCACUCGUCUCUCCGUCGACAGCAAGACGUGCUUGCUGGAGCAGGAGAACGAUCCGACUCAGCUCCGCACACCGUCUCCCGGCAAGCUCGUCAAGUUCACCGUCGAAAGCGGCGACCACAUCAAGAAGGGCCAGGCCUUCGCUGAAGUCGAGGUGAUGAAGAUGUACAUGCCCCUCAUUGCGCAGGAAGACGGUGUUGUCAACUUGAUCAAGCAGCCUGGCGCCACCCUCGAAGCUGGCGACAUCCUAGGCAUCUUGACCCUGGAUGACCCAUCCAAGGUCAAGUCCGCACAGCCUUUCCUCGGUCUCCUCCCAGAUCUCGGUCCCCCGACGGUGCUGGGUGAGAAGCCGCCGCAGAAGUUCGCGUACUACAUGAACGUGCUUCAGCACAUUCUUCAAGGCUACGACAACCAGGUCAUCAUGCAGCAGACGCUCAAGGAUCUCGUGAACGUUCUGCGGGACCCGGAGUUGCCCUACGGCGAAUGGAAUGCGCAGGCUUCUGCUCUGCACGCCCGCAUGCCGGCGAAGCUUGAUCAGGCUCUUGCGCAGAUUGUGGAUCGUGCGCACCAGCGUCACGUCGAGUUCCCAGCUAAGCAGCUCGCAAAGGCCUUCUCCCGCUUCAUGGACGAGAACGUUGCGCCUAGUGAUGUUCCUCUUCUCCAGGCCUCCCUUGCUCCUCUCAUCGACGUCAUGAACAGCUACAUCGACGGUCUGAAAGUCCACGAGUACAAAGUAAUGAUUAAGCUUCUCGAACAGUUCUACAAUGUUGAGAAGCAAUUCGCGUCUCGCACUGCUCGCGACGAGGAAGUCAUUCUUGCUCUUCGUGAUGCGAACCGUGAAAAACUUGUCGACGUUGUCAACACUGUCCUGUCGCACACACGCGUGGCGCAGAAGAGUGCCCUAUGCGUGGCCAUCCUGGACCUGUACAAACCCAACAAGCCUGGCGUAGGCAACGUCGCCAAGUACUUCCGCGAUAUCCUCCGCAAGCUUGCCGAGCUCGAAGGUCGUGGCACCGCCAAGGUUGCGCUCAAGGCGCGUGAAGUGCUCAUUCAGUGCUCUAUGCCUUCUCUCGAGGAGCGUACCUCGCAGAUGGAGCACAUCCUCAAGUCUUCCGUCGUCGAAUCCAAGUACGGCGAGAGUGGCUGGGAGCAUCGCGAGCCCGACUUUGAGGCAAUCAGAGAUGUCGUCGACUCCAAGUACACCGUCUUCGACGUUUUGCCACAGUUCUUUGCCCACGAGGACCCAUGGGUGGCACUCGCUGCUCUCGAAGUUUACAUCCGCCGCGCAUACCGUGCGUACCAGCUCAAGUCGAUUGAGUACAACACCGAGGGCGAAGCGCCAUACGUCCUCGGCUGGGAGUUCUCUCUCCGCAAGGUCGGCCAGGCUGAGUUCGGUCUGCCGAUUGAAUCCUCGUUCCCUGGCACUCCGGCCGACGGAUCCAAGCGCAUUGCCUCCAUCAGCGACAUGUCCUACCUCAACAGCAAGGUCAACGAGACAGAGCCGCUUCGCAAGGGCUCCGUCGUGCCGGUGCAGUACCUCGACGAGGUCGAUGAAUACCUCAUGAAGGCUCUGGAGAUGUUCCCUUCCAGCAGGAAGACUGCUUCAAGCAGGGAGAGCGGACUGAUUGCUGAUCUUUCCCGACGCCGUGGCCCAACCCCUACGGUCACGACUCCACCAGAGGAGGAACUCGAUGCGGUCGUCAACAUUGCUGUCCGCGACGCCGAGAGCUUCGACGACGCGGAGAUUCUAGCUCGCAUCAAGCCCAUAGUCAAAGACUUCAAGGACGAACUUCUAGCACGCCGCGUGCGCCGUCUGACGUUCAUCUGCGGCCACAAGGACGGCACGUAUCCAGGUUACUACACUUUCCGUGGCCCCACGUACGAGGAAGAUCAGUCCAUCCGUCACGUCGAGCCCGCCCUGGCCUUCCAAUUCGAGUUUGGACGUCUCUCCAAGUUCAACAUCAAGCCGGUGUUCACUGAGAACAGGAACAUCCACAUUUACGAGGCCAUCGGCAAGGGCGCCGAGACCGACAAGCGCUACUUCACGCGUGCUGUCGUGCGUCCGGGUCGUCUUCGAGACGAGAUCCCUCUCGGCGAAUACAUUGUUUCCGAGGCCGACAGGAUGAUGAACGACAUCCUGGACGCGCUUGAGAUCAUUGGCAACAACAACUCUGACAUGAACCACAUCUUCAUCAACUUCUCUCAUGUCUUCAACAUCAACCCAAGCCAGGUCGAGGAAUCGCUUGGCGAGCUCAUCAGCCGCUUCGGCCCCCGCGCCUGGAGACUUCGCGUCACCGGUGUCGAGGUCCGCAUCAUCUGCACUGAGCCAAAGACUGGGGCUCCGUACCCACUUCGCGUCGUCAUAAACAAUACAUCCGGCUUCAUUGUCGACGUAGAGAUCUAUGCCGAGCGCAAGUCCGACAAGGGUGGUGAGUGGGUGUUCCAGAGCAUUGGUGGCACCAAGAAGAUCGGUUCUCUGCAUCUUAUGCCCGUCUACACGCCCUACCCGACCAAGGGCGCCCUGCAGCCCAAGCGAUACAAGGCACACAUCAUGGGCACGCAGUAUGUUUAUGACUUCCCCGAGCUGUUCAGGCAGGCCAUCGAGAACAGCUGGUCUCAGGUCGUCAAGGAGCAUGCCCAUCUUAAGGAGCGUCAGCCGCCGCACGGCGAGUGCAUUGAGUACAACGAACUUGUCCUCGACGACAAUGACAAUCUUGUCGAGGUCAACCGUGAACCUGGAACCAACACAAUUGGCAUGGUCGGUUGGAUCGUCACGGCCAAGACGCCGGAAUACCCACGCGGACGCCGCUUCAUCAUCAUUGCUAAUGAUAUCACACACAAGAUUGGCAGCUUUGGACCCAAAGAAGAUCAGUUCUUCCACAAAUGCUCCGAGCUGGCGCGCAAGCUUGGCAUUCCGCGCAUCUACCUGUCCGCCAACUCCGGUGCCCGCCUCGGCAUGGCCGAGGAGCUCAUCCCACACUUUAGCGUUGCAUGGAACGAGCCUGGCCGCCCAGAGAAAGGAUUCAAGUACUUGUACCUCACUCCGGAGAAGAAGAAGAAGUUCGAGGACGGCAACAGGCGCGAUGUCAUCACUGAGAAGGUCGAAGAAGACGGUGAGAUCAGGUACAAGCUGACGACAAUCAUUGGUCAAGAAGACGGCCUUGGUGUUGAGUGUCUGCGUGGCUCUGGUCUCAUCGCUGGUGAGACUAGCAGGGCUUAUAAUGACAUCUUCACCGUCACGUUGGUUACGUGCCGUUCAGUUGGUAUCGGUGCAUACCUUGUCCGUCUCGGCCAGCGUGCCAUCCAGAUUGAAGGCCAGCCAAUCAUCCUCACCGGUGCCCAGGCUAUCAACAAACUGCUGGGCCGUGAAGUCUACACCUCCAACUUGCAGCUUGGUGGCACCCAGAUCAUGUACCGCAAUGGUGUAUCUCACAUGACCGCCAACGACGACUUCGCUGGCGUCUCUAAGAUCGUCAAGUGGAUGUCUUUUGUGCCGGAUAAGAAGGGCAACCCUGUGCCUAUCUCGCCAUCCAUCGACACUUGGGACCGCGACGUCACUUUCUUCCCAGCGCCCAAGCAACCAUACGACGUCCGACACCUGAUCGCUGGAAAGGAAGACGAUGAGGGCUUCUUGAGCGGUUUGUUCGACAAGGGUUCGUUCGAGGAGGCCCUCGGCGGAUGGGCCAAGACCGUUGUUGUCGGCCGUGCUCGCCUUGGUGGCAUCCCAGUCGGCGUUAUUGGCGUUGAGACCCGCACCGUUGAGAACGUCACUCCCGCUGAUCCUGCCAACCCAGACUCGAUCGAGCAGGUCAGCUCCGAAGCAGGUGGCGUCUGGUACCCGAACUCUGCCUUCAAGACCGCUCAGGCCAUCAACGACUUCAACAAUGGUGAACAGCUGCCACUGAUCAUCCUAGCCAACUGGCGUGGUUUCUCGGGUGGUCAGCGUGAUAUGUACAACGAGGUGCUCAAGUACGGCUCGUACAUUGUCGAUGCUCUCGUCAAGUAUGAGCAGCCCGUCUUUGUGUACAUUCCACCCUUCGGUGAGCUCCGUGGUGGCUCAUGGGUCGUCGUUGACCCGACCAUCAACCCUCAAUACAUGGAGAUGUACGCCGAUGAGGACUCGCGCGGUGGUGUCCUGGAACCAGAAGGUAUUGUUGGCAUCAAGUUCCGCAAGGACAAGCAGCUCGAGACCAUGGCACGGCUGGACCAGACUUAUGGCGAGCUCAAGAAAAAGCUUGCGGACCCAAGCCUUACGCCCGAGCAGCAGGCUGAGAUCAAGGCCAAGAUGACGGAGCGCGAAAACCUGCUCCUGCCAGUCUACAGCCAGAUCUCCUUACAGUAUGCCGACUUGCACGACCGUGCUGGCCGCAUGCAGGCCAAGGGCACCAUCCGCAUGGCUCUCCGCUGGCAGAACGCGCGCCGAUUCUUCUACUGGCGACUGCGCCGCAGAUUGAACGAGGAGUACAUCCUCAAGAAGCUCGUGGCCGCCGAGUCCAAGGAGACGCCAUCUAGCAGAGAAGGCAAGCUUGGCCUGCUUAAGGCCUGGACUGGUGUCGAGAAGUUCGAAACUGACGACAUGAACGUCGCCAUGUGGUACGAGGAGAAUAGGAAGGAGACUGCUGCACGCAUUGAGGCCCUGAGGCGAGAGGGCGUCGCUGCCGACGUCGCCGCUCUACUGAGGAGAGAUAAGGAAGGCGGUCUCAAAGGUGUUGCGCAGGUCUUGGGCAUGUUGCCCGUGGAUGAGAAGGAGCAGAUCUUAAAACUUCUGCAGCGCGCAUAGGAAUUUCAUACACCGCAGGAUACGGAGCCGCCCAGUCUGACCCCGACUUGGAUAUCCCCUCGCCUUCCUGCGCCUGGUGAAUCGCCCGCCCAGCGGUUCACCGCUUGGAAGGGUAUGCUGCGGUUUCGCAAGUCGCAACGGAGUCUGAAAGAGGAGGAGUAGUCGCCCAAUGCUUUUACCUCUGGAGGAUCUGUCCCGUUUGGCUGCUUGUGAUUUUCAAGCCCCUUACCUACUGCACGCACGCUAUCGAUGGAUGAAUGCCUCGUUUUUGGUUAAGACCCCCUUCGGAUCAACACUUAGUAUGAUUGUUUAUUUGGCGCACAUCUUUUUUUUUCGUUUUGCUCUCUCGCCUCUUGUAAUCAUUCCCAGCAUGAUGACGACUUGUCGGAUUUUUAGGCGUGGCAGAAUUACCGGUUGGAAGGGAUGGAACACGCGAAAAAGAAGACGGUGAUAGACAGGGUUCGUUCAUGUGUGCAUAGCUCAAAGAUACAUUGUAAUCGCGAAGUCUUAUUGCUCUAACGUUAAGCUUUAAAGC